UCCAGUCGCUGGCAGCAUGAGGGAGGAACGUUGGAUGCUGGAUCUCAGGUCCGCCUAGAACACUUCAGUCGGACCUGACGAAACCAAACUCAAGGGGAAAUUACAAGCCAAAACAUCUUCAUCCCUGGGUCUGCGGCAAAAGCAAGUCAGAGAUUGAUUGUUGUGCUUCCAUUCAUGGCAUCAUCUAUCAAAGGCCCUGGUGCGGUGCAGAGUUACAAUGGUGCCGGUCUGCGAAUUGCCAUUGUCCACGCACGGUGGAACGAUCGCCUCAUCGACUCCCUCAUCGCGGGGGCCAAGGGUCAACUACUGGAAGCCGGGGUGAAGGAAGAGGACAUCGUUCUGGAGAGUGUGCCAGGGAGCUAUGAGCUUCCUUUGGCCGCGCAAAGAAUCAUCCACAAAACACAGGACUCUGAGAACAAUACAGCCUUCGACGCGGUCAUUGCCAUCGGGGCCUUGAUUAAAGGGGAGACCAUGCAUUUCGAGUACAUCUCCGCGGCGGUCUCUCAUGGGCUUAUGCGUGUUCAGCUGGACGCCCAUGUUCCCGUGAUUUUCGGGCUUCUGACCCUCUUGACUGAACAACAGGGGCUUGAGCGAGCCGGGCUGGCGGGAGAGCGGGGUCAUAAUCAUGGAGAGGACUGGGGGCGGGCGGCGGUGGAGUUGGGGGUGAAGAAUCGCGAGGAUUGGGUGGCGGGGGGUUGCAGGUCGGAGAUCGGUUAG